GGUCAAAGUAGAGUCUUACUGUCAAUGUGUGCAGAAUGUCCACUCAUAACAGCAGUGGCGAUGAGCAGAUGCAGCUGAUUCAGGUGGACCCCGUGCGGAGGAACAUCUCACUGGCGUUGACGCAGGUCAUUGUGUGGCCCUUCAUCUAUCUCAUCUUCCUCAUGCUCCUCAUAUUCUCCAAAAAGGAGACUUUCACAACUGAGACUCGCUAUAUACUGUUCGGACACUCUUUGUUGGUCGACCUGAUAUUUAUUUGCCUGACAGACCUUGUGGUGCUUUUGUCAUACAACCUUGUUUUAUUACCUCUGCAUUUCUGUAUCCCCAUCUGCAUGCUAAUGGAGGCUGUCACAGCAUGUGCUCCACUGACCAUCAUAGCCAUGUGUGUGGAGCGUUAUGUGGCCAUUUGCCUGCCUCUUAGACACCAUGCCAUCUCCACCUCCAGAAGAGCCUUCAUGGUGAUUUUAAUGAUCUGGAUCGUGAGCUCCAUAAACCCGUUUAUUGACAUGUUCAUUCUCGUCAGCACAGCCUCUCAUGAAUACUUGACUCAGCUCACACACUGCCACUAUGAGAUUAUGAUCCCUGAAAAGAUCCGCGUGUUUGCCAGGGGGUUGUUGUACAUUGUGGGGCUCGUGGUUAUUUUAAUAAUUGAGAUAUUUUGCUAUGUAAUGAUUUAUCUCGCUGCUCGUGCUGCAUCUGGUGACAAUAAGAAAUCUGCAUCGAAAGGGCAGCGCACUAUUUCCCUGCACAUACUUCAGCUGUUUUUAUGCACUGCAGAGGUGAUGUGCCCUUACAUUGAGUCUGUGGUCAUGCAGUAUGAUAUUCAGUCAUAUCUGACUGUACGAUUUAUAAACUUCCUGGCAUUCAGCAUCACUUCUAGAGCGGUCAGUCCUCUUGUGUAUGGAUUUAGAGAUGAGAAAUUUUAUACAGCGAUGGUUUACUUUAUCAGAUGCAAAAACAACACAAUCUCUCAAUUACAUGAAUAACUCAAAAAUAAGUAAAAGAAAAAUGUGUAACAUCUUUACAUUCAUAUGAGAUUUUUGUUUAAUAUUCGAUGCGCACUAACAUGUAAAUUAGCAGGUUUGAGUAUUUUGUGGAUAACAAGUGUUUUCUGUUUAUUUAUGGUUGUGAACUGCAUUAUGGGAGCUUGAUCUCUGCUCUGUUGACUUUUGGUGUUGAAAAUUUGUCAAUUCAGCAAAGUUACUUUUAUUGACAUUUGUACUUUGAAAUACUAUUAUGUACCCUGUAUUUGAUCAAUUAGUCCUGACAGCAUAUGUUUUUAGGUCAUUACUUAUUAAACUAAGUUAAUAAUGUUCUAACUUAAU